CCUCCUCCUCCUCCUCCUCCUUUUAUCUCCUUUGCUUGCCCUUCCUCUCCAGUUCUCUCCCUUCUCUUGUCACGCAACGCACGCACGUUUAUUGAAGGGUCGCCACGGUUUGCUCUUAUGGCGAGGACAGCACUUUAAAGGACCCUGCUCCCCUGCCAACCCUGCCACACCUGCCACACCCUGCAAACAUCUCUACCCCUCUGGUUUUGGGACACCCGGAUACCCCUCUCCUCUUGAUCGUGUCAGGCUAAGAGUUGAGUCCCCGCGAGGCAAUGCAAGCUUCUCUCAUCUCCCCCGCCACCACCACCACCACCUCUCCCAGCCCCGCGUCCACCACCCAACAGCUUCUCUGCCGCGUCUGACUGCCAUGACAGGCGAUGGUCUCCACAGCUACAGUUUCUCGCCGGGCGUGGUCAAAGGUUCCUUCAGUGUCGGCCGCAGGGACACCCCCAGCAGCGCCUAUCCCGGACACUGGCUCUACAGGACGUUUGUGGGAGGUGGUGGCGCCGCAGGACACAGUAGCUCCCUCCCCUGCUCUGUCCUCAACCCCAACAAGGCCAUUUUCACCCUUGACGCCUCCUCCAGGAUUCUCACAACCAAUGACAUGUGCUCACUACUGCUGGGUGAGGCUGAGGAAAAGCUGUGUGGAGGCUCCCGGCGACUCUCAGACUUCAUCUCCUGCCCUGUCACUGCUCGGUACCUGGCCAGCCUUGCCUCGGACACCACCACCACUGCCCAGAGCCAAGAGGAACUGCCUGUAGACCUUGUGCCCUCAGUUGUCCCUGGUUAUGAUGCUGCUGAUGGAAAGGGGGCCAUAUUUAGUGGAAGAGUGGUGAGUGUUGAGACGAUGGAGAAUGGUAGUCAGCUGUGUUCUCUUUGGCUGAAGGGCCUGCCAAGGGAGGUGGGCCAGGAACAGAGGUGGAUGGCUGUGCUGGAACCUAUUGAAGUCACACAGGCUAAGGCUACAGUGGACUACAGCGGCGCCAUCCUGGACAAUGAUGAAGCAUUUCGCGCUCUCUUCGGCUUCCCUGACACAGUGCUCAUCAGCCACCUGGAGAACAUACAUAACCUUAUCCCAAGUCUGCAGCUUCCCUCACCUCCACCUACUUCCACCACCUCCACCUCCUCCUCCUCCACCUCCUCUUCUUCUUCCGCCAAGCAUCCAUCUGUUCUACCGAUGCAGGAGUUAGAGCAGCAGCAAUGUACAGGAGUGAGUGUGGAGGGCAGCAGCACCUUCCCUCUGUGUGUGCAGCUGUCCCACCACCUCCCACAGCCACACUCCCACAUCUCACACACGCCUGCACUCAAUCUGGACAUCUCGGUGUUCUCCAAUAUCAGUGGCCUUGUGGUGCUGGACAGUUCAGGAAACAUAAGCGACUACAACUACAACUUCACGCGUUUCCUGUUUGGUUAUGGUCAUGGGGAACUGGAUGGCCAGAGCAUAUCCCUCAUCAUCCCCUCCAUUUAUGAGGACAUGAGGCAGACACAGGAGGAGGGCUAUGAGGAGGAGGUGUCCACUGGGAGCUACUGGGAGGAGGAGGAAGAGGAGGAGGAGGAGGAGCUGGAGGUGGAGUUGGAGGUGGAGCUGGUAGAGGAGGAGGAAGAGAACAAGGAGGUGCAGAAGGAGAAUAAAGAGAAGGGUGAAAAACACAGCAAAUCACAAAUAAUGGAGCAGAACAGCAAACCUAGUAACAACAACAACACCACCACCACCACCACCAUUGCAGCAUCACACAGUCUGGCCAUGCGGGACAUCACCAAUUCUCUUAAUGCUGUGGAACUCAAGCCACAGCCACAGCAGCACUGCCUCUACAACACCUGGCUGGAGGAGAAGAGCAGUGACGAGAACCAGGUGACCCAGGCAAACCAGGUAACCCAGGUGAGCAAGGAGAGCCUGGUGAACAAGAUAAACAAGACACCAGCCUCCCUCAUCACCUCCACCCCUGCCGCCAAGCCCUGCCUCCCUGCCCGGCCCCUCGCUGACCCCAUACACCAGGGCACGUUCUUUGGGGUCGGCAGGCACAAGGACGGGUCAGAUUUGAGAGUCAUCUAUCAGAUCCGACGUGUGGUUCUGGACACCCUGGAGAAGGAGGAAGAUGAAGAAGAGGAGGAAGAGGAGGUGGAUGUGGAACGGAUGAGGGACACAGAAGGAGGUGGAGGAGGAACAGUCUUUUACUACAUGUGGAUACUGAAUGACAGGGAUGGAAUGAUGGAUGACGCACCUUCCACUCUUGAUCUCACUUUUACUUCCCUCCACGACACUACUGAGCUUUCCCUUGGCCAUGCCAUCACACGCGAGGCUCGGGAACCAAAGAAACAAGAGCGGGAGGAGGAGGAGGAGAAGGAACGCCAGCAGAAGAACAAGAAGAAGAAGGAGGUAGAGGAAGAUGAGGAGGUGGGUGAUGAAACAGUUGACUCCUCCUACUGCCCCUCCUUCACCUCCUCGUCUGACUGUGGGGGUGACGGAGAGCACAGCCACACUUGCACGGAUGGCAGCUCAGGGGCAGAGUACUCCCUUAAUCACUCCCGCAGAGGGGCACGCCACUCCUCCUCCUCCGCGCCUGAGGAAGAGAAGGAUGUCCCGGAGGAGGGGGAGUUCAGCCAGCACUACCAAGUCCUGAAGCAGAUUGGGAAAGGAGCGUUUGGUUGUGUGAAGCUGAGUCACCGCUGCUCUGAUGGCUUGCUGGUGGUGACAAAGUUCAUCAAGAAAUCGAAGGUGUACAAGGACAGCUGGGUGGAUGACAUGGUGCUGGAGCGUAGGGUGCCUCUUGAAGUGUCCCUCCUCAUGAGUCUAGACCAUCCUAAUAUUGUGACAGUUCUGGAUGUCUUUGAGAAUGACAAGUACUUCCAGCUGGUCAUGGAAAAGCUUGGGUCUGGAAUGGAUCUCUUUGAAUUCAUCGACAGAAAUCCAAAGCUUGAUGAAUUUUUGGCCGCACAUAUCUUUCGACAGAUCGUGGCAGCCCUCACAUACCUCCACUCUCUGGACAUUGUGCACCGCGAUGUGAAGGAUGAAAAUGUUAUAAUGGACAAUCGAUUCCAUGUCAAACUCAUCGACUUUGGGUCCUCAGCCUUCACCGCACCAGGAAAGAAGUUCUCCCAGUUUGCCGGCACUGUUGAAUAUUGCAGUCCGGAAGUGCUCAUGGGGAACAAGUACACAGGAUAUGAGGUGGAGGUAUGGUCGCUGGGUGUCACUCUCUACACCCUCAUGUACUGGGAGAACCCUUUCUAUGAUGUGGACGAAACUAUCAAGGGUGUUCUCAAUAUACCGUAUGAACACUCCCCUGAACUGACGUCACUCCUGAAGGGAAUGAUGGAGAAGGACGUCAGUGCCCGCCUCACACUGCCACAGGUUGAGAAGCACCCCUGGACACAGCUGCCUUGUAACCCAGACCAAUACACCUUCCAUCAUGUCGUGCACUGCUCCAAGAGGGAAAGAAACCCCAAGCAUUACCUCAGAGACUACAUACAGAAUGGGGAAGACACAGCUGCCUCUUCUCGGAGUUUUCUAGACGAGGAGCUCCAUCAGAACCAGCUAGUGUCCACUCCUCCACCUGUACCAAUCCGCCGGGCUAACUCCGCCACCACCCCACGUCGUCCUUCCCACCCUGGCAAGAACAGGGACAGAUUAUGGUCGGCCUCCCCUCUUAGUGUAUGCCCCACAGCAGCAACAGCAACAGCAACAGCAACAGCAACAACAGCAGGCAGAAGUCACAAAUGUGUUCCGGACCGCUGCUGUACCCCAUGUGUUGUGUCCUGCUCCACACACUCCACGCACUCCAGGGCCUCCACCACCCACUCCCUCUCCUCCAUCAGGAGUACAAUCACAGUGGACUCAGCUUCUUUCUCCGCCUGCUCUCCUCCUCCUCCCCUCCUCCCCACCUCCUCCUCCUCCUCCUCCCCUCCACCACCCCCACCACUGCCACUGCCUCAGACUGGGCCAACACACAAUGCAAGUCCACCUGUGUCUCUUCCACCUGCCGGGACUCUUCCGCGCCUCUCUCUGACUCCACGCCAACUUCAGACUCAGGAAGCAGCCACAGUACUCUUGAUGACCCUUGCUGCCCAUUAAGCCCCUGCCCUGCUGAUUCCACCUGCCACCACCACCACCAUCACCAUACGUCAAGCGGGGACCAGCACCACAGCCACAGCCGCAGUCAUGGGUCGUCCAGCUGUGAGGGAAGCCAAGGCGCAUGUCACUCCUCCAGGGAUGCCAGCUGCUGCUCAGACCAUUGUUCCAGCUGGCAGGAGGGCUCACUGUCACUGUCAAGUAGAACUAAACAGGAUUUCCUAACCUCUCUCUUCUCAUACUCCUCCUCAUCAGCUUCCUCCUCCUCCUCCAGUUCCUCCUCCUGCUCCUCCUCCUGCUCCUCCUCCUCGCCAGAAUCCAGCCCUCACAAGUCGCAGAAGUCGUCUAACUCGGCUUUCAACAGUGACGCUUUGUUCUACAGUGAGCCUUUCUCCUUCAGUGACCUCCUGAGCCUCACCGACCUUGACCUAGUGGAGGGUGUCUUGCCGCAUCCCUGUGACUCCCUCUGGGAUGACAGCAACCCUGACAGCCCCUAGCCUAGUGACCUGACCUCAAGUGUGAUCUCCUAUUUCUACAAGGUUGUAAUGCACUGCAAUUUUUUUUUCUGGCAUCUGUUUCUUGUUUUUUUUACCUUUUCUUUUCUUUUAUCACCUUGUUUCUCCUUUAUUUUGUCUUUCUAUAUCUCUUCUGUGUUUUCUGGGUUAUUUCUGUUCAUUUUCCCAUUUUUAUUCUCUUUCUCUUCUUCCUUUUUUGAACUUAUUCCUCUCUUUCAUCUCCUUGUCUCUCAUUUACUUUCUUUUUUCACAUCUUUUCUCUAAGUUUUGUGUUGUACUCUUUUAUUUCCUUCCUUUCUCCCUUUCUCUCCAUUUUUUCCACAUUUUCCUUGUUUUUAGCACAUUUUUCCUUGUCUUUUUUAAUCCCAGUGUGUCAUUUACAUCCUCUCUUGGUCUCCUCCAUUGCCAAUCAUUUAAAGUCCCCAUUUUAAAGAGUUACCGUUUAUCUCUGUCUUUCUCCUCAUACAGGGAAUCUAGGCAUUAUUUUUGUAUGAGAACUCUUUGAAAAUAUUUGUCUUGUAUGCAUUUAUGUAAUAGUUAAGGAGAUACCAAGCCUCAGUAAUAUAAGAGAUGAUAUGUAGGCAAGUGAAAUGCAAGACAGAACAGAAGAGUGUCGUAAAAGUGAGAGAUUAUUGUGUAUUGCUGGUUCAUAAUUGUAUUUUUUCAUACGGGACAUCAUUACGUGGUUAGAUUUAUCAUUUAUCUUUGUUUCUGUAUGAUUUUGAGAAUGUCAGUGAUGGUGUUAUGGAUGUCUGAAGAGUCUGAUUACUGGAAAUGUUCUCUUCAGUCCCUCUAUUAUUUAUUUAUUUUUUUUUUUUCUUAUUUUUAGCAUGUUCUUUUAAAUUGGCACCUUUCAUUUUGUCUAUAGAUUCAAAAGACAUGACUGAUUUUAGUUAUAUGUUUUAGAUUAUUGAUAACGUUCUCUUCAGUCCCUCUCUAUAUUUUUUUUCAGCACGUUUUAAUAAUCUCUGCCUUUCAUUUCAUCUAUGCAAUUCAAAAGACAUGACUGAUUUUAGUUAUAUGUUUUAGAUUAUUGAUAACGUUCUCUUCAGUCCCUCUCUAUAUUUUUUUUCAGCACGUUUUGAUAAUCUCUGCCUUUCAUUUCAUCUAUACAUUUCAAAAGACAUGAUAGAUUUUAGUUCUACUCUUUAGGUUAUUGGUAACUUCUUAGUGUUUAUUUUCUUGCCAGUUUUGACAUUUUAAGGUUUUGAUUUACAGAUUUCUCUUCCUUAUUUUAUUUCUUUCCUUGGGUUUUUAAAGUGUGGAUCUUCUGAGGCAGCCUUGAUUUGCAGUUAUAUUUACGUAUAACAGAAUAUACUUUUGUAUUCUGGGUGUGUAUACAAUAUGGCCCGGUUAUGAUGCUAAACACCAGGUGAAUAUUCUUUUUAUUUACGUAUAGCAGAAAAAUGCCUUUGUAUUCUGGGUGUGUAUACAGUAUGGCCCGGUUAUAAUGCUAAAACACCAGGUGAAUAUUUUAAGUCAUUUCAACAUCAAGUGACAAAAAUUAUAUAAGAUUCUAAAGUUCAUGAAGUUUUGUGUAUUAUAACAGGGACGUCUUGUAUUUGCCUGCGGGAUUUAUGCGUGAGAUGUUCGUAUGCUUAAUUUUUUUUCCUUUUAUGUAAGAGAGGAGGACUGGCCAAGGGCAACAAAAAUGUAAAGAAAAAAAAGGCCUACUCAGUCACCAGUCCCCUUACAGAGCUGAUAGAAUUGAAACACUCACACACACGGACAAAGGGAGGGACUGUUUGUUGUCUUCAGAGAUACCUUUGUGUUGUUCAAAGUGCAGUGCCAGAAACAAUAGUGAAUAGACAAACUUGAUAGAUACAAACUACUACUACUAUUACUACUAUUACAUGUACUACUAGCAAGAGAAAUUAAUCACUAGACAGUAUAAGCAAAACGCAUGGAAACGCUGGUAAAAAUCUUGCCUGUACGUAUAUUUUACUUAACGCAGGACAAGUUAUAGCGUCAGAACAUUUAUAAUAGCAUCACAAUUAAUCGCAGAACUUGCAUGUUGAGUUCUCACAUAACCUCACCAUUUGCUGGACACGAUUCACCAUGCCUGACACCUCACCAUCACUAUCACUGCCCCCGUUUUGUGAGGUGCACCAGGCUCGUCACCUCACCAUCACAGUGUUAGCAGCAGCAGCAACAGCCAGAGUAUUCACAGUCAUGCAAUCUCUUAUAUAAGCUGCAAGGAGAUAGGCACUUUAUUUCUUUGUUUCUCUUGUUUUUACCUCACUGUUUGAUGUUUAUCUUUUUUAAUUUUUUUGAAGUUGUCUGAUUGUGGUUCAUUUUUGUAUUUUUUUUACUUUCACAGUCAAGCAGUCUCUUAUUCAAGCUGCAAGGAGAUUAGGCACUGUUUCUCUUAUUCAUAUGUUUUCUAGUUCACUAUAAGAUGUUUUAAUUUAUUAUUACUUUUUUUCAAGUUGUCUGUUUUUUAAUGGUUCAUUCAGCAGGCAAUAUUGACUAAUUUUUUGUAUCUUUUAGUUUGUGUCAUGUUUACUUCAAUUUUCAAGAUGUAACUCUUUGUGCAGACUUUUAAAAGCAAUGCCAACUUCUUUUGUUUGGUUUAGAUAAAGAAAGUAUUGGUUUUAAUCAUGUUUUGCUGCUGCUUCAGUUGUUUUUUGUCAUUACUACAUCUUGGCUUCAAAUUUUAUGCUCGGAUUCAUUAUGCAAACUUUAAAUACCUGUGUGACUCUGUGUUGUCUUGUAUUGGUAAGGAAAGUGUUGAUUUUUGUGCUUCUCCACAUCACAGGUGGCUUUGGUUCAUUAGGGCACAGGUGCAAAGAUUCAGAUUUAUCAAGCGAACUUUGUAAUGUCAGGAUCAAGUGGUUAGGUUUAUUUAGAUUUAUAUUUUGUCAUAGUAAAGAUUUAUUCCAAUUUCCGUGCUCCUCAGGUGACUGCAAUCAAUUAUGUCACAGGUAAAACGUUACAUUCAUAUUAACAAACAGGAAAACCUUCAUAAAAAAAACACAUUCUUGGUUCACGUCUUUGUUUAAAUUCACAGAGCAAACUUCUCAAAAUACUGAAGUCGUUACAUUUGCUCGCAUACGUUUUACAAGGCAUUGCUUUGUUAACGCCCUUCACAUAUUACUGAGCCCACUUCUGACGCAUGAAACAGAUGUACACACACACACACACACACACACACUCCAGUCAGAACCCUCUUGUAGGUAGUGUAAGUUCAUUUUUUAUACAGAACCACAAAUCAUAGGGUAGCGUAUUUUUGUCGCCUCGUCUCCUUCCUUCCCAGUCUCUCCAUUUCUCUUAGGCCAUUAUAUACGUAACUUCUCAAUCAGGCACAGUGUUCAUGAGCAGAAGUCACUUGCUGCAUUCACUUCCACUUGUAGCGUUUUCCUUCAGUCUUAAGUCCACAGAUCUUCUCACAGCAUCAGUUGUUGGGUUUUGUAAGGCUGACAGAUCGUGGUACUUAGACUCAGGGAAACAGAGACUUAACCCCUUCGACACUGGGACACAUUUUUACCUUGAGAUUUGUGUAUGGUUAGACCAUUUUAUUGACAUUUGGAAGGGUCUAUGGAGGGCUGAAUGUUAAUGGCCACAGUCUUCAUUAUUCUAAUCCCCCACAUUAGUUUCUGAAGCUGUAGAAAAUCACCAAAUAGUAAUGAAUAGAGAAAUGCAUUAUGGUACUCAAGGGGUUAAACUGUAGAAUCCUGAAGCAGAGGCUAUUUAUACCAGGCUGACAAUCCCAUACAGUGUGAGACAACCAACACACCACACUGUCUAAUCGAUGUUUAUGUAUGCACCAGCCUGGCAUUCUUGUCUGUGUAUAUGCAAAGCUGGCACAGACUAACACUUUACUCACAUUAACCCCUUCAGUACUGGAACACAUUUUUCCUUGAGAUUUGUGCAUGAUUAGACCAUUUUAUUGACAUUAGGAAACAUCUAUGGAUGUUAGAAGAUUAAUGGCCAAAGUCUUAACUAGUUUACUCACCCACAUAAGUUUCUGAAGCUGUAUAGAAUCACCAAAUAGUCACCAGAAUGAAUAUGAAAACAUGUCAUGGUACUGAAGGGGUUAAUAUCAGACACUCCUACACAGAAAAAGUCUCAUGGCUCACCUUUCUACACUUGAAUAGUAUAAAAGGAGCUAAACAAGAUCAUUACUAUAAAAAGCUUGCAAUAUAAGUCAAUGCAGUAUUGGUAAGAGAGGCAGUGAAUGCAUUAAGUGACCCUCUGAUUAUGACAGCCCUAGUACUUUAACAGAAGAACAUCUAAGGGGAGAAGCUAGUCAGUGUUGCCUUACAUGAUAUAUAUAAACUACCACUCCACUGUAGAGACAACUUGUGUACUGCAUAGACCUGUGGAUGUCUGUGUCUCUCUCUCUACUCAGUCACCUUUGUUAUUUCUGAGUAUGUGAAGCUCUUAUUGUUCUCAGGAUGUGUUGAUAAUCCAAAUGCAGGUCAGGAUUUAUUUUAUUUUUCAUUCUCAUUUUUUUUCUUGGUUUUGUACUGUUUAAAAAUGUCUUUUCUUUUAUUCCUCAUUGUUCUGUAAUUAUUAUAUGCUUUUCUCAUUGUUUACUUAUUUAUUAUGUUGUGUCCUUGAUUUUUUUUUUUUUUUUUUUUUUUUUUUUCAUUAUCUUGUUUCGUUCUUAGUUUUGUAGUUUAAAAAUGUUCUUUCAUUAUUCUUCCCUAUUCUGUCAUUCUUUAUUCUUUUUCUAAUUUCUUACAUAUCUUAUUUAUUAUAUUUUGUGUGUCAUUGAAGGAUUUUUAUUUUCCACUCCCUUGUUUCUUGGUUUUAUACUGUUUAAAAAUGUCUUUUCUUUAUUCUUCUCUUAUUCUGUCAUUCUUUUAUUCUUCUCAUUUUUUAUAGAUUUUAUUUAUUAUGUUGUGUCUCUCCUUGUUUCUAAUCUGUCAUGGUGUGUAAAGGUUUGUUUUAUUUAUUUUCAACAAGAUAAUCUUCUCUCAUAAGUUAUUGAAUUCAGGAGUAGGUGUGUUUUUGUCAUUAUUAUUGUUUUAUCCAUUCUCUCCGUCUUUCCUUGGUUUUAUCUGGCGUGGUUUGUGAGAUUUGAGUGAAUCAACUUUUCUCAACCGUGACUUUAGUUUGGUGUGUUUGAAAGAGUCUGAUUUUGUCUUUUUUCUCUUAUUAUUAUGUCAGUUCAGUGUAGUGUUUGAGAGAAGACAAAUCUGUCUUUCUCACUCAUUCAUUCAGUAUUAUUUUGUUUGAGAGAGUGAAUUAACUUUCCUCAACCAUGACCUCAGUUUGAAAGAGCCUGAUUUUUGUCUUUCAUCGUGUUUGAGAUCUCGAGAGUCAGUUUAUUUCCUCCUUGGUCACGUUUAAGAGAAUCCCAACUUUUUGUGGUGCACUGUUCACCAUUGCUCCCGUCGCCGACCUUGCUGUGCUGUCAACAUUCCAGGCAAGAUUGUGUCAAGGUACAAAUUAACAUUAAGUUGCUUCUUCUUCUUGCCAAGUCGAAGACACGUUUAGUUUGUAUUACUACUAUUUCUUGAUUUAUUUUAUACCUACAGUGAUUAUUAUACAUUAUUGUCAUUACCUUUUAUUGAUCUGGCCAAUUAUACUUAACACUAUUCA